AGUCACAUCUACCCAACUAUCUUAACUCGAAAACUGGCUAGACUAAAAAAAAAGUGGGCUGCACACAUUGCGUAUGAGCAAUAUGCCGAGGCAGCUGAGAGCUAACUUUACUUUUAGUGGCCCAUCAUUAAUGCAGGCCGGAAAGUCGACAUGUGGAAAUAUGCCAGACAAACACACACACACACACACAAACAAAUACAGUCACACUCGCACCCACACACACAUAUACAUAUAUGUAUAAAAUAAAUUAGAUGAACUUACAUUCAACGCUCGCUCUGUUAAUUAAACAUAACGACGCAGAGCGAGCAAUUCUCAAGUGAAUAAUUAAAAACAACAAGCGAACGGCUACAAAACUUUUUGGCUGCGAAACUUUUCCACUGAAUUGAAAAAGCGGAAAAAAGGGCCGGAAAAACUUAUCCAAAUUGUCAACGGGCCAUUCGAGUGCAGUCUGAUGGUAUAUAAGUCGAGUGCAGCCCUCGAGCUGGGGCACAGACAGCAGCCGAGAUGCUCUUCGAGCUGACCAAACCCGCUCCGCUAACGGAGCAAAUGCGGUCCAGGGAUGGCUGCAUCUACCUCUAUCGAGCCAUGAAGUUCAUUGGCUGGCGGCCGCCCAAGUCGGGGCUGCUGCGCUACGUCUACCUCACGUGGACGGUGCUCACGUUCAUGUGGUGCACCACGUAUCUGCCACUGGGCUUCCUGGGCAGCUACAUCACGGAGAUAAAGCACUUCUCGCCGGGCGAGUUUCUGACCUCGCUGCAGGUGUGCAUCAAUGCGUACGGCUCCUCGGUCAAGGUGGCCAUCACCUACUCGCAGCUGUGGCGCCUGGUCAAGGCCAAGGACAUCCUGGACAAGCUGGAUCUGCGCUGCACCAGUCUGGAGGAGCGCGAGAAAAUCCAUCUGGUCGUCGCACGCGCCAACCAUGCGUUCCUCAUCUUCACCAUUGUCUACUGCGGCUAUGCGGGCUCCACCUAUCUCAGCUCCGUGCUCAGCGGCCAUCCGCCCUGGCAGCUCUACAAUCCCUUCAUCGACUGGCACGACGGCAUACUGAAGCUGUGGACCGCCUCUACGCUGGAGUACAUCGUCAUGUCCGGUGCUGUGCUGCAGGACCAGCUGUCGGACACCUACCCCUUGAUCUACACGCUCAUCCUGCGCACUCACCUCGACAUUUUGAGGGAGCGCAUUAGCAGCCUGCGCACGGACCCCGCCAUGACUGAGGACGAGAACUACGAGGCGCUGGUCAAGUGCGUGAUCGACCAUAAGCAGAUCCUUGACUACUGCGCUCUCAUCCGCCCCGUCAUCUCGGGCACGAUCUUCACUCAGUUCCUGCUGUGCGGCCUCGUCCUCGGCCUCACGCUGAUCAAUGUUUUCUUCUUCUCGGAUCUGUGGACGGGCAUCGCCUCGUUCCUCUUCGUCAUCACCGCUCUGCUGCAGACGUUCCCCUUCUGCUACACCUGCAACCUGAUUAUGGACGACUGCGAGGCCCUCUCGCACGCUCUCUUUCAGAGUAAUUGGAUUGACUCGGGCUCCCGCUACCAGUCGACUCUAUUGUACUUUCUCCACAAUGUGCAGCAGCCCAUCGUUUUCAUAGCCGGCGGCAUCUUUCCGAUUUCAAUGAGCAGCAACAUCAGCGUCGCGAAGUUUGCCUUUUCGGUCAUAACCAUUACGAAGCAAAUGAAUAUUGCGGAUAAAUUCAAGAGUGAGUAAGAUUGCUGGGAGGUCUUGAAAGGAAAUACGAAUUAGUAUAACAGUAUGAUGGCUAUUUGAAAACUGUCAUAUGUAGACAAUAUUAGGCCAUUUUAACAAAUAAUAACUGUCAUAUGUAGGUCUAGCAACUGUUAUACAUUUA